AUGAGUCCCAUUAUGUCUACGUGUUCAAGCGAAUUUUUUCGAUCUGAUGCAACGCUAACUACUCUCCACUCAUUAAAACUCUCGGCUCCUCCUUAUAUUCUCAUAAUAGGCGUCAAGGAGUACAACUUCCAAGGCACUUGUACAGCAACUGAAAAAACAGACGACAUCGGAGCCCGAGGCCUACGACUAAAACCGAAUCUGUUUGCAAUGGUCAGCACUCAGACGUUGGCGCUCGCUCUAUACACACAUUGCCGGUCUGUGCAUUGGAUAAUUGCACUUCCAGCGCCAUUCUCAAUUCUCGUUGAAAUUUUACUUCAGUUCGGUGUCACGUUUGCAAACAGUAACACGGAUCCGUAUAAUUGCAUACAACUUAUUCAUCGAUACUACACUCCGACGGACAAUACACUCAACGAUUUGAACGGUACAAUUUAUUGUACUGUGGGUUGCCAGCGUGACUGGUCUGUCCAUCACAUUCGCGGAACGAACUUGAAACUGCUCGUUGCGGAUCGUCGAUGUCCCGUAUGUGAUUCCCUGGACAAAAAGCUGCCGAGUGACCCGGUCGAAGGUAUGUGGAUUGAUCUGGUUUUCCUUUGAAUACCCUUCGCCUCCACGGAUUCUCUCUGAAAUAUACUCAUAUUCUCCAAAUCGUUUCAGACAACGGUCCGGAUGUGUGUGAAGAAGCCGCGAAUCCCCGUUAUCGUCGCUUGCUAGAUAGAUGUCCCAUUGAGGAUUCGGAGGAAGAUACCCCGACUUGUAGGGGACCUAGCAGGAAGCAGUCUGUCUUCCGAGUCUGUGGCUUUUUGUUACUGAUACACCUUUAUUUUUCGGCCUAUUGAGCCAACACUUCAGUCCCAAUUGAUAUUGUUAAAACCAGAGUAGUCUUCAAUUCUUGUUUUAAUGUCAUCCGCUCUAUUUUACCAAGUACAGCCUUGCUUAUUCUAGAG